ACCAGCAACCUCCAAAUGCUGCGUUUCGUAGCAGACAAGUUUCCGCCACCGAGCAGGAGUCUUGCGGGAGCCUCUCAUCCCACGCCGCCGGCAGCCGAUCGGAGGUGGCGGCUGCAGAGGAGGGAGCGGAACUGCGCGGGGGGGAAACUGCUCGCCGGGCGCCCCAAAAAGUUCGUGCCGAGGAAAGGUGGUGCAGUGGGGCGAUGGGGCUGCACCUCGCAUCGCGGAAGCUUUCCUGGGGCGCCCUGGUGCUGCUCUGGCUUCUGCAGGAGGCGGCGGUGGGAUCGUCCCCCCAGGAGAGGAAAGGAGCAGGUUGGACCCAGGGACCUGGAGCUAUCAUGGGAAUACAUUCUCAGAUCUGGGGACGAAAGACUCGGGAAAGCACACCUGAAGACAAAAGGACACAGAUCAGCCAAGAUUUUGCAGGAAGGAGUUUGACUAUUGACACUUUGACAGACAAUGAAACCCAGAUUGUGGAAGACAAUCACAGCUACUAUUUAUCCCGAAUUUAUGGUCCCGAAGAGAUGAGAGCCAAGGACCUUUGGGUCGAGGUGGCUGAAGCUAACAGGAGCCAAGUCAAAGUCCAUGGAAUCCUAUCCAAUACACACAGACAAGCUUCGAGAGUCAUCCUGUCCUUUGAUUUCCCUUUCUAUGGGCAUUACCUGCGGCAGGUCACCAUAGCAACAGGAGGUUUCAUUUUCAUGGGCGAUGUCAUUCAUCGGAUGCUGACAGCUACACAGUAUAUUGCCCCUCUGAUGGCAAACUUCAACCCUGGCUAUUCACGCAACUCCACCGUCAAAUACUUCGACAAUGGAACCGUGUUUGUUGUCCAGUGGGAUCAAGUAUAUCUGGAAGGGAAAGAACACAAAGGCUGUUUCAUCUUCCAGGCAGCUUUGCACAACAAUGGCAGAAUUGUCUUUGGCUACAAGGAGAUUCCCAUGUCGGUGCUUGAAAUUAGUUCUACACAACAUCCUGUCAAAGUUGGUCUCUCAGAUGCUUUUAUGAUCCUUAACUCCUCCCCUGGUGUGCCUGACACUCACCAUCGGACCAUAUAUGAAUACCAUCGAGUGGAAUUGGACAUCAGCAAGAUCACUAGUGCAUCAGCUGUGGAAUUUUUGCCUCUACCCACUUGUCUCCAACUUCACAACUGUGAGGUCUGUAUGACAUCUGGCCUAAACUUCAAUUGCAGCUGGUGCCAUGUUCUGCAGAGGUGCUCCAGUGGGUUUGAUCGAUACCGUGAAGAGUGGCUGGAAUACGGCUGUGGCCGAGAGUCAGAAGAGAAGACUUGUGCAGACUUUGAAGGGGAUGACCACUACAUGUCCUCAACUCCCAACCAUGGCCCCUUCACGCCACUUCCAGAAGACACAUUCACAACAUCCUCCCACUUUGUAGACAGCUUAACCACAGAAGAUGACACAAAAUUGAACCAGAACCCAGGAGAAGGUUUGAGAGAUGGCCUCCCUACAAAAAAGGGGGGAUCCCAAAUCCAUACAGGAACAAUUGUUGGAAUCCUCCUGGCAGUUCUUCUGAUUGCAGCUCUUAUUCUCGCUGGCAUCUACAUCACCAGUAAUCCUACUUCCAGUGCUGCUUUGUUCUUCAUUGAGCGAAGACCACAUCAGUGGCCUACCAUGAAGUUCAGAAACCGUUCAACUUACACUGAAGUAGAACCAUCUGGCCAGGAAAAGGACAGUUUUGUUGAAGCAGAUCAGUGCUAAAGAGUAUACCUCCUUUAUUGCUCCUAUAUCUUUAAAACAUCAAGUGUCUCCCAUCUACUGUUUUAUUUUGUGAUGGACACAGUUGAAUGGGGAAGGGAGAAAACAAGCAAAAUUAAAAAGAAGCCCCAAGGGAGGAUUGGAAUGGAUAAAUUAGGGCCUGAAAGGAUGGAAAAGGCAGGCAGAUUUGGCAUAGGCCGCUGGGUGGAUCAUCAAGAAAAGUUAUGACUUUACUGCAGAAGUGAUAGUACCUAACUAUCUUGCAUAAGUAUUAUCAGGUGUAGCCAUCCAUAGAUGUUAUGGACUAUAGGAAACAUUCUCUGCCCAACCCACUUUUUCUAGGCACUCUAACCAUAAAUUUAAAGUGCCAAAAUAAUAUGUGAAACCGUUUUCCUCCUCCUUCAAAUACAAGGUUAGGAAAGAGGAAAAUAUAGCCUUCUAGCUAAGAUGGAAGUUUUCCUGCUAAACUUUCCUUGAAAGAUAUGAAAGUUUUUUGAUUAGAGAAUCAUGGAAGAGCUGGUCUGACUUGAACUCUUCAAACACCUCAGCCUUGUCAUACUUAUUGAAUGAAGCACCUAAGUUUGGGCUGGGCCUGAAAUGCAGCCUUCUUAUUUAUAUGGAAUGGUAGCAUACGUUCAAGCCAAAAACGGGGAAAAAAUAAUUAGAGGUGUUGCCAUUGCCAGUGAUCUCCUCUACUUGACACUGAACCAGUCAGAAGAUAAAAUAUGUAUCAACUCUGCACCAAGCAGACUCAUGAUUUCUGCUAUGAAUUGUUCAACCCACCUCACAACUGGUUCUGUGAUUUAGUUCUCUUUUGUGUUCUUUCUAAAGGCUUUAAAACCCAAAUCCGGUCACUGAUUUCUAUAGCAGAACAAAGUGGGGGAAUUUUCUCAACAGGAAGCAGACAUGUUUAUAUUCAUGAAGGGUAUAUUACUUUCUGUUCAUAAAUUUGCAAAAUUUAUGACUAGAAAUUUGUUAUUGUAUGUCCUCAUUUUAUAUUCAUUUCUCUCCUACUUGAAUUUCUAGUCCAAUUAACAAUGAUACUGAAGGUAGGAAUCAGGACUGGAAGUAUGAUAAUUUCCAGGCUCAUUUUAAGUCAUGGAUAUUUAAUUUUUUAAAAAAGUUUUGGAAAUGAUGUGAUUCUCUAAAUCAAUGUUUCUCAACCUUGGCAACUUUAAGAUGUAUGGACUUCAACUCCCAGAAAUCCCCAGCCAGCCAUGCUGAGUUUUCAUUAGUUUCAGAAUUCCAUGGGGAUUGCCAAGGUUGAGAAACACUGCUCUAGAUUUUGCUCUUUCUCAAUUUCCCUAUCUUCCCUUAUAUAAGUCAGUAGCUGUAUCUCUAAAAGGAUAGAAUGGAUCUUUGGAAUGCUGCAAACUAUUUCUCACUUGAAUGAUUUGCUGUUCCAUGAGCAAUCUUAUGCAACUCAGAACAUGGAUCAGAUUGACUCUGCCUGCAAAUUAAGAUGCUAGUGCUGGUGGUUUAUUGUUGGACGAAGUCCUGGGUUCUUCCUGUUACAGUCCCAAGAUUUUUGCCAAGGAGGGAACUCCCAUUUGCAAGUAGUGAAUGUUACUGCACAAACAGCACUAUUUUGUCUUGGACUGGCAUUGUAUACAGCCAUUGGCAGGGAUCCUGCUCUGUCCCAUCUCCCACCCAAUAAGAUGCCUGAAUGUCAGGAUUGGGGAAAGAAGACCACCACAAUAUAGCAGAAUAAGCAGCCCAGUGGCUUGUCAAUGCCAUAAACACGUGACAUUCCUAUAUUGCAUUCUUUUUGUACAGAUGCAAAAGGUCUUGGUUUGUUUUUGAUGCAAAACCAAGCAGGUCGGCAGAGACAUCCCUUGCUGGCUGGCAGAAGAGCCCUGAUUGGUGGAGACGGUUUAACAUCUAUUGGCCUAGAAAGGAUUCUGAUUUUUCUCCCCACUACAGCAGCAGAUUUGCAAACAAGUAUUCUGUACUAUUUUGGUAUCUUUCAAUAGUCACAUCAGUCCUACCAAAUCCUGCUUUGUUUUAAUUCUAAAAUAAGUUUUAGGAGAUAGAACAUAGCUUUGGUUACCAAUCCUAGACUUUUCUCCCCCCACCCCACCCCAUGUCAGCUUCUACCACUCCCACCAACAUAUUAAUGCAGAUUGCAACCAAAGUUAUGGAGCAUAGCUUCCUGGAGCAACAACAUGAAACAUUGUCUAUUUACAUUACUGUAAUACAAGCUAGCAGACAACAACCCACAUCUCCUCCCUUUAUUCCAGUUAAUAUUUCAUGGGGAUGUGACCUUCACAUUUUGAAUUUCCCAUUUAUGUUUUGUGUAUUGGCUGCUGUGUGCAGGGGAAAGAGAAAAGGCAGGGACAGCAUGUUGCUGAUCCAUUAUAUGUUUGAUUUAAUUAAAGACUACCAGAAACUCAGCCAGAAUUAUUUGUCAGUGAGUGCCAUAUAUUAAAGAUAAUGUACUUCAGCCCAGAGAUAUUAAAUACUUUACACUAUCCCAAGUUGCAUGUAGAGAUUGCACAUCUUGAAAACAAAUGUGUACAACAGUCUAUGCUUCCUUAGUUGAAGGUGGGUCGAGAAAGGAAAUUAUCUCUAAUUUUAUUAAUGGGGAUGCAUCCUACAUUUCAGCCCCUCUGCAUACUGCAUCCUGACUCUGAGGUUACACAGAGGUUACACUGAGCUUGUCUGUCCAAGGGGUUUCCUCAAGAGCAAACUUUCUAAUUGUAAAUGAAUGCACAGCCAUGCAAAGUUGCACAAAGGGCUACAAUGGAAUUGGAGCUAUUACCAGGAUUUUAUCUAUCUUUGCUGAACAUUUUUUAAAAAGAAAAGGUCAAAGAAAAGCAACAACAACAACAACAAAACAAGUAUGAUUUAACAUAUCCCAACUUCCCAUCCUGGUACAUUUUUAUAAAGAGUUUAUAUGUUGUUAUUUAAUCACAACUGUUACGGCACUGUUGUGAAGAAGAGAUCCAUUAGGAAGAGAGAACACAGGCCUAAAUAAUUGCACCCCAACCAUUUCUGGAAAAAUGUCUCACAAUCAAAAGAACACGAUUAACGACAAAAAGAACUGAAAGCACCGUUCUUUAACCCCACUACAUACUGGUUUACAUGGAAAUUUUAUAAACCUAUUUGGAGGGCAACUUUUGUUACUAAGUUCAAAAUGUAAAAUCAAGUACUGUGUGUCCUUUGCUAAACCAUCAUGCUGAUCCAU